CAGCUUAGGGCAACUGUGAAUUUGCCCAAGGGAACAGGUCAAACUGUUAAAGUGGCCGUUCUUACCCAAGGUGAAAAGUUCGAUGAAGCAAAAAAUGCAGGAGCUGAUCUAGUGGGUGGAGAGGAUUUGAUAGAGCAGAUAAAGGCUGGAUUUAUGGAUUUUGACAAAUUGAUUGCGACACCAGAUAUGAUGCCUAAGGUCGCUAGCUUAGGUAGGAUUCUGGGACCUAGGGGACUCAUGCCGAACCCAAAAGCUGGUACUGUCACUACAAAUAUACCUCAGGCUAUAGAAGAAUUCAAAAAGGGUAAAGUAGAAUACCGAGCAGAUAAAACUGGAAUUGUUCACUUACCAUUUGGGAAAGCAAAUUUCUCGGAAGAAGAUCUUAUCAUAAACUUCAUCGCUGCAGUGAAAUCAAUAGAAGCAAACAAACCAUCAGGUGCAAAAGGAGUUUACUGGAAGAGUGCACAUGUAUGUUCAUCUAUGGGGCCAUCCAUUCGGUUAAACGUAAGGGAGAUGCUCGAGUACAAGCUUCCGAACGCAUAAUUGACCUACACAUGUAUAUUGCAUCUUCUGCCAUCUACCUAGCUUCUUCGGUGCCUUAACUGAGCUUCCAUUUGAGAGGGUUAGGAUACAGAGUAGGUGGAAUUCGAGAGGAGAUUCAAUGCCAUAUUGUCAAUAUUUCCGCGGAAGCUUUCUUCGGCCCAGUUGCUAAAAAAAGUAUUCUUGUUUGACAAUGCCAAUUUUAUGUUCAAUUUAAUUAUCCGUAGGUGCUAAUGUAUAUCAUGCUAUAAUUCGCAAAAGGUGAAGCUAGUCAAACUCAUAAAUUUCCUACACUACAAGAUUCUUGUUUGUGGUCAUGUCUCAGUUUGUCCCAACAGUUGAAUAAACGUGAGAGUUUCAGUAUUUUGUUA